AUCAUCUGUUCUCUGAUAAUAAUAAGCAGUGCUACACCAGAGAGAUGUACAGAUCUUCGGUAGACCAGAAAAACAGUGCAGAGUCAGAAGAAAGCAUUGGUGAAUCUAACAUACAGCCUAUGGGGGCCCUGGCACAAAUUGAUAAGGGAGAGCAGCAAAAAUUGGUUGCAGAGCAGCUCAUUGACAGGAUCCGCCUUGAUGACAAGCAUAGAAAACUGAGAACAUUAGAUUUCCUUAAGCCAAUUGAACAAUCACAGUCCCAAGAGUCUUGUUCAGAGAAUGAACUGGCUUCAGUUUUUCUACACAAAUUGAUGAUGAUGGACUACAGAGCAAGAUCCCUCCAGAUUAAAGUGAAUAAAGACAAAAAACAAAGCAGCAAUGACUUAUCUGAAGAUGUUGCAGAUGCCUUUGACAGUAUUUUUGGAGAAUCUGCUAAACCUACUGAUGGGAAAAAAUCAGAUACAGUCCACUUAAUGGAUGUUCAGAUUGCAAUGUUUCAUUGUGCGGAUGGUUUCCUAAAGCAACUUAUUGUGACUAAACUCUCACAGUGUCAGUAUGCAUUACCUCUGCUUGUACCAAAUCCAUUCACACAGCAGAUUGAAUUUCCACUCUGGACAUUUCGACAAAUCAACAAGACCUGGAAAACAACUGAUAAUAAAGGCAACAUCUCAAGCCAAUUCCAGCCAGUCUAUAAAGCAGAAACCCCAAUGGUGGCUUUCUUCAGGUUUGGCCCUUUAUCUUCAUCCAAGUCUCAGCUGAUGAACAGCCUGAUCAAUGAGAAACACAACACAUUCUUCCACAGAAACUGCCCGGGCAGCAGCAGAACCAGAGUGCUGAUGGAUGGACUGGUGGAGAUUGCCUGGUACUGUCCUUCUGGAGAAAAAACUGAUCGAUUUACCCAAUGUAUUGCAUUCUGUAACCUACACGGAGAUGCAGGAACUAGUGAGAAGCAGCUGGAUAUCCUGACUAAAAUGGCCUCUGUGAAUGUCGCUAUUUUACCACAACUUGACAAGAAUGAUAAAAGCAUGACCAAGAUCCAAGACUUCUACAAGGACUCAAAGCCCUUUGUCUGCCUUCUUAGUGAUAACGGUUCCCCUUUCACAAAACUGCGUGAUGGGAAAUACAGAAUUGGUCUUAAAGAUAGAAAUCAGUCGGUAGUAUUAGAAGAAAUCAGAGAAGCUAUAAAUGAUGGGCUCUUGUCUUUUGAGUCAUCUCCUAUUUUCAAGCUAGAGGAUGUGGCCAAGCAUUCUGGUAUCAGAGUAGAUGAGGACAACGUUGAAGACCUCAAGAGAGGAAAAGAAGCAGCACAGCAGAUGAUGAGUUUACUGGAGGAUAAAGAUCUGACUAAAAUCAAAGGAUCAUUUCUACCGCUGCAGGGAAAUUUGUGGCAUCAGUGGUGUCAGAAGAACAAAGAACUACAUCGACCUACAUUAGGAGAGUUAAAUAGGGGAAACAACAUUGAACAGAACAAGAGUUCUAAGCAGUCAGAAAUGCUUAAAAUUCGUGAACAGCAAUGCACAUCUGACUUAAGUCAAUUUAUCCAAAUCUUUAUCCAAAAGUUGAAAUCACAAGAAGGAAAUGAGGUGGCGUAUUUCCUGAAAUGGUUGGGCAUUCUUUUGGAUGACUACACCACUGAAAGUCUUUCAGCACUUCUUCAUGAGUAUGAUGAAAAAUGGUCAAUUGUCCUGAAUCUUAAAAAAAAUCAUGAUAAAUCACAGCAACUUAGAGCUGCCCAAGACGAACUUGAGAGAGUGUCAGAUAAACUACAAGCUGCUACCUUUGGUUUGGAGCACAUGCUGAGAGAGAUCGGUCAGAUAUAUGAAUCAUGCUCAUCUGUGAAAAGAAACAAGCGGGAUCUGGUGUUUGACUACUCUUCUCUUCCCAGUCUUGCAGCGGAUAUAAUGAUUUCAGGAUUUCCAUUAGAGUUGAUGGAUGGUGAUGCUGGCCAUGUUCCUCUGAUCUGGGUUACUGCUGUUCUUAACUCGCUCAUCCAGAAACUGGGAGACAAGCGAGUCUAUGUGUUGUCAGUCUUAGGGAUCCAGAGCUCUGGGAAAUCCACCAUGCUGAAUGCCAUGUUUGGGCUGCAGUUUGCCGUCAGUGCAGGCAGGUGCACCAGAGGAGCUUUCAUGCAGCUGGUCAGAGUUUCAGAAGAAAUGAAAACAUGGUUAGAGUUUGACUACAUUCUAGUUGUUGAUACUGAGGGGCUUCGUGCCCUGGAACUGGCUGGAAGGUCAACUAGAAAUCAUGACAAUGAAAUGGCCACAUUUGUAGUUGGUCUUGGAAAUAUGACAUUAAUCAACAUCUUUGGGGAAAACACAGCUGAGAUGCAGGACAUUCUUCAGAUCGUUGUUCAGGCCUUUAUGAGAAUGAAAAAGAUCAAUGUGAAUCCAAGCUGCAUGUUUGUGCAUCAGAAUGUUUCAGAUGUUACUGCCGGAGAGAAAAACAUGGAGGGACGAAGACGACUGCAGGAGAAACUGGAUGAGAUGACGAAACUAGCUGCUAAAGAGGAAGAUUGUAAUACUGAGUUUUUCAGUGAGGUCAUUGCGUUUGAUGUUCAGAAGGAUGUGAAGUAUUUUGCACAGCUGUGGGAGGGAAGUCCACUGAUGGCACAACCAAACCCAAAGUACAGCAGAAAUAUUCAGGAGCUGAAGAACACAAUUCUCUCGAAAGCUUCAAAUUCAAGCGGGAUUACAUUGUCACAGUUCAGAAUGCGUAUUAAUGAUCUGUGGAACGCACUACUCAAUGAAAACUUUGUGUUUAGCUUUAAAAACACACUUGAGAUUGCAACAUACAGAAGAUUGGAAACCAGGUACAGCGAUUGGACAUUUAGCCUCAGAAGUACCAUGCAAAGCAUUGAAGAAAAAUUCUACAAUAGAAUUGGCAAUGGCAACUUUUUGGUUCAGGAAAGUGACUUAUUGUCUGAAAUGAGAAAGACAAAAGAGCAGGUAGAAAAAUCAAUCAGGACUUACUUUGAGGAGGAUAGAGAUAAAGACAUACUGUGUCAAUGGCGAGGGAGAUUUGAAACCAGAAUCAACGAUCUUCAUCAUGACCUUGUGAAGGGAACAAAAAGAAAGUUGGAUGAAGCGAUUGAACAGAAAAAAGCCAGGGAGAAGCUGGAUCAAAAAAGGACAGAGUAUGAAAACAAGCUUUUCAGUCGGAGCAAAGAACUAGCGUUGAGCCUGAGAAAUACAGGAACAGCUGAGAAUAUGCUGAAUGAGGAAUUUGACACAAUGUGGAGAAAAUGGGUGAAUGAUAUGACCAGAGAUAUCCCUCCCCUGAAAGGCUUUAACUUUUGGGAGGAUGUGACACGGAUACUAUCUGAAAAUCAUGAAUUGACUCUUGUAAAUGACCGGUUACAUAAGGAAGACUACAAACGCAUGGACCGUUGGGGUGAUUACUGUGACUUUAUCAUUCUACAGAAGCAUCUAGAGCGUUCUUAUGAAACCGUAUCUUUGGAUGAACCUGCCGAGAGCUCAAAGAAAAGCAGUAAUGGAAUAUUUAGGAGGUUUGGUCAAAAACUUUGGUCAGGCAUAGAAUAUUUAAAAGGGGCUCCCAGGACACAAGAUUACAUGGGUCUAAAUCCUGAAUUUCAUGACUCUGUAAAAAAUCUGACUCAGAAAAUUAUUCAGGAAACUGAAGUGAUCAUAAAGAAGGCACCAGUUGGAACACGAGGCUACAGUGACACUUUUGUUCAGGAAAUAACAGACUGUGUGAAGAAGUCAGUACAGAAACAUCAAUCCAUGAACCAAAAAUAUAAACUGAAAAAGGAGUUUACCAUAGAUCUCAGUCUCCAUGUGUGUGACAUUGCAAGAUGCAGGUUUACAGAACUCCACCAAAAAUUCAGAGAAGCAAAUGACCCAAGAAUUUAUCUCGAGAAGCAGAAAGCACAAUAUUGGAACAUCUUCGAGAAAUACUACAGAGGAGCGACAACGACAACCAUACUGAGUGAAUUCAUCUGCAGCAGACUUGAGCCAUCCAUCAUAGAAGCGGUUUACAACAAAACUGCUAUUGCUUUGAGUGCACAGAUGAGGUCUGACAUACAAGCAUUGCGUGGGAGCAGACCAGAUCUAGAGAAACACAUUCUGAAGUACCUUGCAGAAAAGGAGGACUUUGAGCAGUACAUGAAAUAUAUCCAUACUCCCGAAAACCACUUCAAACAAUUCAUAAAGAAUGAAGUGGACAGAUACUUCACUAAAGAAAAUGUGUCCAUUCAAAAGAUUUUCAAAGGAAAUCUGAAAGAAAAGGAGCAGGUUGUAAGUAAUGCAGUGAAAGCUGCAACAGUGGAGGUCAAGAGUUGCAAUGGAGAUGGCAAUAUGUGGUUCAGAACCUUCACCAAAAAACUGACAGAUGAACUCACGGGGAAUUCGUGCAUUGACCUCAAGGAAAUUAAAGACUUGGAUUUCCUCGAGAACCUUUUAAGUGAAGGGUUACGUGAAAGAAUGACAAAGCUUCAGAAUAGCGUCAACAAUAAAAUAGAACAGUUCCAGAAGAGACCAGAUGAGGUUUUGAUCGAGCACUUCUGUCAGUGCUGUUGGGUUCAGUGUCCCUUCUGUAAAGCAAUCUGCACUCACUCAAUGAAGGACCAUCCUGGAGAUCACUGUGUUCCUUUCCACCGCAAUAACGGACUAAAUGGAUGGUAUUACACUAACACGACUAACUUGUCUAUUAAUAUCUGCACAACAGCAGUAGGGAGUGAUCAAUCUUUUCAUCCAAAUUCCUCAGAUGAUCCACUCCCAUGGAAAGAAUACAGGAAAGGAGGUCCUAAAUAUGAAAACUGGAGCAUCACACCUGACCACUCCGAGCUGCCCUACUGGAAAUGGUUUGUGUGCAAAUUCCAGAAAGAUCUGGAAAAGCACUACAAAAAAACAUUCGAGGGAAGUGGUGCGAUUCCAGAUGAAUGGAGAAAGUACUCAAAAAACGACGCUUUGGAGAGUGUGGAUAAAUACAUGUAAUGGAAAAGGAAGUGCAAAAAGUAAAAGCAAGAGGCAAUCUGUCAGCUCCUGAUUUUACAUAUGAUAUUUUAAUAUUCUGUUUCACAAACCACUGUUUCUGAACUGAUCAAAUGAAGACCAUUGU